GAUUUUAAAGGAAGGAUUUUUAACCCUCCCUUCCCUUCCCAUUCCAGAGAAGUUGACAAAACGAACGAGAAAGAUUGAAAGAAAUAGAUUGUAGAAGAGAAGGGUGAUAAAAGGGGUUUCUUUAUAGAGAGAAUCAGAGAUAGAAGAGUGGCGACUGUACACGCAGAAGAAGGAGAGACGCGCACUAGUCUUCUCCAAGAGUUUCUGUCAUCAAUCCUGGCAAGAGUAUUCGGCAAAAACCAAGAAAAAUUAGAGGAGGGAGAAGAACCUGAAAUGGCUUCGAAUGCUGAUGUUCAUAAUCUACAGCUAAAAGGAGAAGUAAAGCAGAAGAACGUUGUAGCAGAUGGAAGGAAUAGGAGAGUACUUAAAGACAUUGGUAAUCUGGUGAAUGAUCGUGCUUUACAAGCAAAGAAACCAGUCACAGAUGUUAGAAACGUGGUUGGAGCUGGGAGAGGCCCUGUGGCUGCAAGGCCAGUUGUAGAAAAGCUAGUUGAGAAGAAACAUGCACCUGAGACGGUGAUUGUGAUAAGCUCUGACGAAGAAAGUGAGAAGAGUAAACCUGCUGUCAGAAGAUUAUCAAAAGAAGGGUCAAGGAAGCAAGUGAAAACUCUGACUUCAAUCUUGACUGCUCGGAGCAAGGCUGCAUGUGGACUUGCCAAAAGGCCAGAGGAGUCACUGGUGAACAUAGAUGCAUCUGAUGUUGAGAACGAGUUGGCGGCGGUUGAAUAUGUCGAUGAUAUCUAUAAGUUCUACAAGCUCACAGAAGCUGAUGGUAGGGUGCAUGACUACAUGCACUUGCAGCCUGACAUAAAUGCAAAGAUGAGAUCAAUUCUCGUGGAUUGGUUGGUUGAAGUUCAUCGCAAAUUUGAACUCAUGCCAGAAACUCUUUACCUUACUAUUAAUAUAAUGGAUCGAUUCCUUGCGGUAAAGGUUGUACCAAGGAAGGAACUUCAAUUGGUUGGCAUCAGUUCAAUGCUCAUUGCAUGCAAGUAUGAAGAAAUAUGGGCACCAGAGGUUGGUGACUUUAUCUGCAUAUCAGACAACGCCUAUACUAGAGAACAGGUUCUGGCAAUGGAAAAAUCUAUCCUGGGAAAGUUGGAAUGGUAUUUAACUGUUCCUACGCCAUAUGUCUUCCUUGUUAGAUACAUCAAAGCAUCAGUUCUAUCUGAUAAGGAGAUGGAGAACAUGGUGUUUUUCCUGGCUGAACUUGGUCUGAUGCAAUAUCCAGUGGUCAUCAUGUACUGCCCCUCGUUGAUUGCUGCAUCGGCUGUGUAUGCUGCACGGUGUUCCCUUGAUAAGAGCCCAUUUUGGACUGAAACUCUGAAGCAUCACACUGGAUACAGUGAAGAUAUGUUAAUGGAUUGUGCAAAGCUUCUGGUUAAAUUUCAUUCUGCAUCUGCCGAAAGCAAGCUCAAGGCUGUGCAUAAGAAAUUCUCAAGUGCAGAACGGGGAGCUGUGGCUUUUCUUACCCCAGCCAAGAGUCUUUUGGCACAAUCACUGUGAAGAACUCAGAAGAAUCAAUGUGUAGUUAGUGUUAUUGUUUAUAGCUUUUGGGUGAAAGAGAGAUGUAAAGAUGUGAAUGAAAUCCUUUGAUUUCAGUAGAAUAUAGGGAAGAUCGCUUCUUUUGUGAUCUGCAGUAGUUAGUGUGUUAUUGGGUGAUGGAGCUGUGAAGCUGUGUGUGCAAGGGAUGCUUGAUUUGAAUGUGCAAGGGAUGCUUGAUUAUCUAGAAAAUUAAAUAUUUUCAAUUGCGUUUGUUUUUGCAUUGUCUGGC